AUGGCGCCCUGGGGCGAGGAGUACUCCGUCGCCUUGGCGGUUCGCGAUCGACGAGAAAAAGCCAACAGCGCCAUCUACGACGCUUACACCAAACUCGCCGAUCGAACCGCUUGCUCAACGCCCACCACCGCUCCACCAUCUGGCGCUCAAUCGCCGGCAGCAGCCGCGCGCUCUCCAUCCACCACCGAUCCCAAGAAGCAGUCGAAGGGAGAGCCAGCGCAAUCACCACACGAUCUUCUAGCCCUCACUCGCGCAGAUUUGUCGGAAGCGCAGCGAUCGCGCUCGGAGCUACAGGACCGACUGAGCCGUACAAAGGCUGACCUGGAGAAGCUGCGCAAGAGGAGUACCCUGGACGGACGGCGGAUUAAGACGCUGGAGCAAGAUGCGACUCAUCUGCAGUUGCGGUUGAAGGAUCGCGACGAGGAGUUGAGGGGGAAAGCGAAGUUACUAGAUGAUUUCCAAGACGAACUUGCGUCGUUGAACCUGCAGCUCAAUAUGGCUGAGGAACGGACCGGUCGGUUGCAGCGGGAAAAUCAGGAGCUUGUUGAUCGGUGGAUGGUGAGGAUGGGCAGGGAGGCGGAAGCUAUGAAUGACGCUUCCAAAUAUUCUUGA